AUUCAUCUGGUUUUAGAAAACCCACCCACUCUCUUUGCAAGUAACCAGCAGUGCUUCUAAUACAACUGCUGGUGGACAGUCAGUCAGCUGCAGAUUAGGGAGUUGUGAGUAAGACCUCACACCUUGCUUAUCCUUCACAUUAUUUGUGUAUCCCCAAAAGCCCAAAACCCAGUUCCUCAUAUUAGCGAGGGACCAAGCAACCACAGAGCAAAAUUCCUUUAUGUUGACAUGAAGCCUUCAAAGCAAGAAUACUCCUGUGUAUUAUUAUCCUGCUGAUUCUGCCAUCUCUGGUCCUGGCCAUGGUUCAGCCAGACUGUGUCCCCGUCAUAGAGUGGAAACAAAACGAAACCAACUGCUUAGAAGAGAUCCAGCUGCACAUGAACGAAACUGCAGGUUGUAAAAGAAUAUGGGACCAACUUUUAUGUUGGCCGGAUGCUAAUCCUGGAGAGACUUAUGCCUUCACCUGUCCAGGCAUCAUUUUCCACUUCACAAAGCAAACAGGUAUGGUGAAACGAAGUUGCACAGAGCAAGGCUGGUCUGAUCCGUAUCCACCUUAUUCGGUAGCUUGUUCGAUGGAAGAAGACGUCUCUAUGGAUGAACUUUCUUUCUUCUCAACGAUCCAAAUCAUCUACACUGUGGGAUACAGCAUCUCAGCUGUCUCUCUUGCCAUCGCAAUCGUUGUCCUCCUUGCAUGCAGGAGACUCCGAUGCCCCAGGAACUACAUCCAUGUCCACCUUUUCUCUACCUUCAUCUUGAAGGCCAUUGCGAUCUUCAUCAAGGACGCGGUCCUCCUGGACGGUGAAGGGAGUGAUUACUGCACCUUCUCCACGGCCGGAUGUAAGAUCUCGGUGGUCUUCCUUAACUUUUUCACCAUGGCCAACUUCAUGUGGCUCUUAGUAGAAGCUCUGUACCUCAACUACCUGCUCCUCUCUUCCUUCCCCCAAGGAAAGAAAUUCUACUGGUGGCUUGUCUUCUUUGGAUGGGGUUCCCCGACAUUCUUCACCACCCUGUGGAUAUUUCUGAAAGUGUAUUUUGAAGACAUUUUGUGCUGGGACACAAACCAAGAUUCCCCUUACUGGUGGAUUAUCCAAGGCCCCAUCAUGGUCUCUGUGGCGAUCAAUUUCAUUCUUUUCAUCAAUAUUGUCCAAAUCCUGAUGAAAAAACUGCAUCCCAGGGACAUCAGUUUGAACAACUCAUUUCAAUACAGACGCCUCUCUAAGUCCACCCUGCUUCUCAUUCCCUUGUUUGGAACCCAUUACAUCAUCUUCAACUUCCUGCCCGAAUACAGCCACGUGGGAGCCCGUCUCUACUUUGAGUUGUGCAUUGGAUCCUUUCAGGGCUUCAUCGUUGCCUUUUUGUACUGUUUCCUGAAUCAAGAGGUACAAACAGAACUUUGCCGGAAAUGGCGAGGCAACAAUUAUGAAUUUAUGAUGCCUUCUAGGAGGAAGAAGAACAAAUGGACGGUGCCCCCGAGUUCCGGAAUCAAAGUGACAAACUUGAUGUUUAAGAAUUAAUUGAGAUCAGCGUUUUUCAACCUUGGCCGCUUGAAGAUGGGAGGACUUUAAUUCUCACUGGCUGGGGAAUUCUGGGAAUUGAAGUCCAUGCAUGCUGGCUGAGGAAUUCUGAGAGUUAAAAGUCAGUUUAACAACGGGUUCGGUGAUCGCGCGUUUCGCGCGCCUGCGUACUUUUACAAAUACGAAUCUUCUGUGUUACCGCUUGGGAGUAACACAGCUAAAGUGCGGCAAUCCGCCAAUCAGCUGAGAAGAUAAAGGUAAGUAAAGCCCACGAGCGGGCGGGCCAAUCUGAUCGUCGGAGCGAACCGGUUUGCCCGAACUGGUAGAAUCCCACCCCUGGUUGAAGUCCAUGCAUGGAAGCAAGGGAAUUCUGGGAGCUGAAGUCCACAUAUCUUCCAGCGGCUAAGGUUGAUCAACACUGACCCUGUGAAUAGCGAAAGUACAAAUCUCCAUCAAGAUUCAACUCCGAGCUCGGAGAUUUAUCACGAUUUCUUCAAGGCUGCAGCUCUCAUCCACAACGGAAUCACCUCAUCUCAUUUUCGAUGUUAAGUGAUAUGUUAAAUAUUGUGUAGGGUGUGCGUUGGCAGAUGUACUUAGCUCCACACCCCUCGCCUUCUUAACGAGAAGUAACGUAAUGUGACUACAAGGAGCCCUUGAUUUGAAACAACAAUUCGUUUAAUGACAGCAUUGAAAAGAUUGACUUAUAUCUGGUCCUCGCACUUACGACCGUUGCGGUAUUCCCAACGGUCACGCGAUUAAAAUUCAGGCACCGGGCGACGGUGUAUUGAUGAUGGAUGCAGAGUUCUGAGAUCGCCCUUUGCAACUUUCCCAGCCGAGUCAAUGGAGGAAGCCAGAUUCACUUAAUGACUGUGUGACUCACUUAACAGCUAGGAUGAUUUGCAUAACACCUGCGGCAAAAAAAGGUCGUUAAAAAAAAGUAUGGCUCACUUAGCAACCCCCUUGCUUAGUAAUGGAAGUUCCGGUGCUAAUUGUGGUCAUAAUUAGAGAACUAUGUAACGAGAAGCUCGGCAUUCAGCGGUAAAAGUUUGAAAUGGCCCUGCUUUAGUGUGGCUGCCAGUUUGAGCUGGAAAUAUAAGGGCAGAGGAUCAGACAGAACAGUCCUCGACGUACGACCAAAAUUGUGCCCUAAAUCUCUGUUGCUAAGCAAGCCAAUUGUGAAGUGAGUUUUGCCCCAUUUUAAAACCUUUUCUCCCGCAGCUGUUAAGUGAAUAGCUACAGUUAAGAUAGUAACAUGGUCGUUGAGUGAAUCUGGCUUCCCCAUUGACUUUGAUUGACAGACGUUCGCAAAAGGAGAUCAUGUGACCCCCAUCCAGGGAAUGCACCUGCGCCCAGCCUCAAAAACGUGCUUAAAUAGGACGGCAUAGAGCCGGGGCGGAUGGACUGGCCCAGCCACAAUUUCCGCUGCCGGUUCGGGCGAACCAAUCCGAACCAGCUAAAUACCACCUCUGAUGCCAGCAUCCCCAUUUUGACUGUGGGGAUGCCGCAACGUUGUGAAAAAACAAGUCGCCGGCCACUUUUUAAAGUGGCGUUGUAACUUCAGACAGUCACUAAACGAAUGGUUGUAAGUCGAGGGCUACCGAUAUGCUUUGCCCGAACCUCUAAAAACCGUACCCUUAGUUAAUAUGCGUAGUAGACAAUCAGGUUGUGUUCGGACCGUUUCGGCGUUGUAUUUUUUAACCAAGCUCACCCGUUGCCUUCUUAAAUAUUCCUCGCCUGUCUCCCACCCCCAACCCCCUCAAAACAAUCCUUAGUGAAACUCAGCGGUUGUGUAAUUGCUUUCUAUGGGCCUCUGCUCUCUAUUAUUGCUCUCUACAGGUACUUUGGUAAAACAUCAUCACCUAGACGUAUCUUGAAAACUGCCGUUGCGUUAAGAAUUGCUUCUGUGUAGUCGUGUUUCAACAAUGAAGACCAUGUUACUUUUUUUGAUGGCUAAAUGUUACAAAAACGCACAAAACCAGUGGCAUCAAAAAUAACCCUUCCGUACCAGUUUAAGAGUCUAUACGGGCACGCAGGAAGGACCGGGUUUAUUAAUGAUGCUCAUUGUUUCAUGCAGGGAUCUCCAAAAUCGGCAACUUUUAAGACUUGUGGACUUCAACUCCCAUGAAUUCCCCGGCUGCGGAAUAUUGGAAGUACACAAGUCUUAAGAAGUUGCCAACUUUGGAGAUCCCCGGUUUUAAUGGAAACGAUCAAAAAUAAGGACACAAUUUCAGUCACAGGCAGAUUAUGCAAAAAAAAAAGCGUGACACAGCUGAUAUUUAUUUCUCAAGUAAUGCAGGAGACAGCUGGGACAGCCCUAUAGAGAGUCCUCAACUUCUGAUUGCCAUUGACAAUUUUGGUCGUAAAUCGUGACAGUCGUAAAGCAGAUCAUCAGACAACCAAUCUAAUUUUAUCAUCUUUUUUUGUGGUGGUUGUUAAAUGACUGUAGUGAUGAUAAAGCAACAGUCAUGAUUGCAUUCAGUAAAUGGCAAAGUCUGGAUGGUUUUGCUGGAAACCAAAAGUACAUAUAUCUGUUUUGGGUCAAACUGUCAUAAAUUGUGGUCAUGUGACUGCAGGACUUAACAGAUAGGCCAGUUGCAAAGGCCAUAUGACUGGGCAGAGAGGUGGAUAUUGGAACUUUGUAACCGGGUCAUAAAUACCCUUUUUGGGGGUCCGUCAUAAGUUUGAAUGUUCACUAAGUGACCAAUCGUAAGUUGAGGACAACCUGUAUUUCAUUUGGAUGAACACUACAGGCAUUUAAAUAUGCAGCAGAAAAGUGACUGGUCAUAAGUCAAGGACUAUCUGUGUUUCAUUAGGAUGAACACUAGGGGUCCAUUUAAUGUGAAACAGAAGUUGAACAUAAGAUGGUCAACUUACAUGGUCAACUUACAUGGUCUCCUUUGUAGAUUAGAUUUAUCUGUCUCUGGCUGCCCCAGAGACAGACAGACAAUGAUGGUGUAACAAUCUGAAAUCUUGGGUCCCAGAAAUGUAUAUUGAAAGGCAGAAAGAGAUCAUGCACACCAUAACAUGACCCCGUGGAGACUUCCAUUCUUCUGGUCUCCUACCUUCUGCAAAGCUUUCCUAGAAGGUUUCAGAAGCCAGGUCAAAAGAUUAUUGGGUCAUGGAUACUGGCUGUAGGUUGAGAAUCAACACGGAUAAAAAUUGGGGCAACACGAGAUAAGGAUGGAAGAGAAAAUAUUUGUAACUCAGGGUUGAAUUGUGGAAUCCUUGGUGUCCUCCAAGGUUUUCCUGAAGAUGUUUUAUGACCCUACUAGGGAACAUCAUCAGUGCUACAAGAGAGUGGGGUGUGCGAAGUGAAGGAGGAAGAGGAAAGCAAGAAGGAGGCAAUGACUAUGGGAUCCUUGGUGCUCUCUGAGUUUGGUGGUUAAUUUUGCAGAUGUUUUAUCACCCAGCUAGGUAAUAUGAUCAAUAUUAGAAGGGUGGAUGGUGUGCAGAAGAAGAGGAGGACCGGUGGGGAGGAGGACUGUGGGGUCCUUGGUUCUCUUUGAGCUUGGUUUUUCCCUGCAGACAUGUCAUGAUCCAACUAGGAAAUAUCAUCAAUGCUACAAGGGAAGUGGAGUGUGCAGAGUGGAGGAGAAGGAGAAGAAGAAGAAGAUGGAGAAGAAGAAGAAGAUGGAGAAGAAGAAGAAGAAGGAGAAGAAUUGUGGUGUCCUCAGUGUUCUCUGAGCUUCGUUGUUUACUUACACAGAUUUCAUGACCCAACUAGGUAACAUCAUCAAUGGCAGGGGCUACCAAAAAAAGUCUCCCUUCUAGAACUGAUGAUAUUACCUAGUUGGGUCAUGAAAUGUCUGUAAGAAAAAAACCAUGUUCAGACAGCACCAUGGACCCUUAACAAUUAGAGCUGUGAUCUGUUGAGAUUCUGCUUCGUUGUGAGGAAUUGGGGGGCUUAGAUGGGCCAAUGUUAAGAAUGCAUCUAGAAAUGAAGUCAAGAAGCCCCCUUCUUUGUGAGCAUAUUGCCUUAAAAAUGAAUAAAUUUUCCAAAAUUCC